UGAAUCUUUGAAGCCUUCUAGUAGGUCCAAGUAGUGUUCCUUGUAACCUCGGGAGUCCUUGAAGCUUCCUAGUGGACACUUAGUAGCAUUUGUUUAUAUUCUGUGAAAAACAGAAUAGAAACAAAGAAAUCACCCAAAUUUUCAAAAUGCCUGUCAAAAGGCAGAGCAAAGUCUACUAUGAAUCUGACUCAGAUGAUGAUGAUGAUGAAUUCAAGGAACUUGCCACGUUGAGAAAGCCCAUAAGCAACCGUGAUAAUCCACUGAGCUUGCAAUUUGAGAUCCCAGCAUCAGUACAGUCAGUCAUCCAUAAGAUUGAGGAAUCACAUAUCUUUCGGGCCAAAGAGGAAGUUAUUUGGAGGCUGACUGAAAUAAUGAGCAACGUGGAGCUGAUAAUGACUCGGUAUAAUAUCGACAGCAUGUCCCCUGGGAGGAAGGGUUCCAGCUCAGAAAGCCAGAAAAAGAAGAGAAAGGCUUUUUUAGAAAAGAUUGCCACAGUUAUGACGAAUGUUGACCUUAGAGAAAGGACUCUCUCCAAGAUUCUGUCCUGGCUAGAAGAAUGGAAUCUUAUUCUGUCCGAGGUGUCUGCCAUCAACAUGGAUGACUACUACCACUGGACUGUGAAGAUGGAGCUGAUACCAGACACGCUGAAAAGGAUCAGCAAGAAUGUCGACUCUCUGAUUCAAAUGGCCUUAUUACUCGUGGAAGAGAAGAAGAGAGCGAAGAAAAGAAUAUUGGCUAGAGGCACUCUCUGGAAAGCUUGGAAAGACCGAGCUAUAAAGCGGCCUGCCACAGCCCAAGCUUUAAGACUAGAUCAGAUGAUUUUUGACCAGAUCGGCUUAAACGCUAAGGUUUCAGAGAUUCAGGGCAUGCUGCAGGAGCUCAUCGGCACAGCGAUGUUCAGCAAGCUGGAAAAUACUGCCAUUAAAUACAUGUCCACCACAGUCAUCAAUCUCUCCAAGGCCCUGAACACCGUCAGCGAUGAACUAAAACUCGUGAGCUCUCGAGUGGUCAAGUCUGUUCUGAAGGAAGAGCAAGAGGAAGAUAAGGAGAAAGACCGCUCCAAGCAGGUCAUCCAAGAACUCAGCGAGGAGAACGAGAUGCUCCAGCAGAAACUUAGAGAAUCCGAAGAAAAAUGCGACCAACUUAUUCGCAUCAAAAAUUAUCUUGGACGCCAGAUGAUACACCCGGCUGGGUCCUUGAAAAUACUGCCUUUACAGGGGCCGUUUUUCAGCAGGGAGUCCAGGGACUCUGAGAGGGAAGGAAAGACAGACGACUCCCAGAAGGAAGGGACCAAAAGCUCCACAGUGACAUGGGACCCAUCUUCCAGUGAAGGGGCUCCGGAUGCAGCUAAGCAGCAAGUUGAGGACAAAGCUGAGGCCCCCCAAGACCAGAUAAAACUCAAAGGCCUGCCACUGACAGAGGAGACCUUGGACACAAAUCUGGAAACGGAGGAAAAGAAACUCACUCAACUGGAUAUUCUAAAAGCAAUGGACAAGAAGAAAGUGGGUAAAGCAAAGGCCGAGCAAGGCAGAGGGGGACCAAGUCCCAUGUGGGAACAACUCAAGAAGGGCAGAUCUGAGCAGCUGAUUCCAGGCAGCACAGGCUCACCAGAGAGUAGAGAGUCCACCCUUAAAUUAACAGACAAAGAAGCCAAGAGUGAAAUAGAUCUGCUUCAGCCUGAGGGUACCCCAGAGCUACAAAAACCAGAAACAAAGUGGAAAAGACUCAUAGCAAAAACUGAAGAAACAAAACGGUCUGGUAAGUUACAACCCAAGACUUCUAAGGUGACUUCAGUAACCCCUGAUGAAGGUGAGCAGGGCAGUCUAGAAUCAUUUCAAAGAGCCAUCCUGGCCUUCCUGAGAGAGAAGACGAAUAAUGUAGGAAAGGCUUUUGAUCCAAAGAGUAUACGGAAGGAGGAGUCGUCACUGGGAAAAGCAGAAGUUGAAAAUUUAAACGUCAUAAAGGCAAAAAUAGAGGAAUAUUUCCAAAAAGUGGCUGAAACUGUGACUGUAGCCUUGAGGACAUACAGAGAUGAAAGAAAGGUUCAACCUAAAGAGAAGCCCAAGAAACAGCCAAAGGGAGCACUGUCACGGAUGCUUCCUAAGCAGGGGGCGGUCGGCGCCAAGUCUGAGGUUGGCAGAGUUCUCCUCAGUGAGAUCACAGACCCAGCAAUUAAGAAACUGGUACAGAUGCUCUUAAAUGAGAUAGAGAGUGACUUCAAAUACAAAACGACGAAGGAACAGCCACAGGCGGCGGUGGCGGCAGCGGCAGCGGCAGCGGCUGUGCAGAAGGAAGAGCCAGGACUGAGGACGAAGGACAAAACGGAGCUGCUGGAGGUGUGGAUGCAAGCAUUCAAAGACUCACAAGGCCACCAGGUUCAGGACCUGGGAGAUGCAGAGGAUGCAGAAAAGCCGAAGUGGAGCGAGCCGGGUCAUCAGGACCUGUGGAAGGGUGUCAGCAAGACCUCCAUCAAUCUAACUCCCAGGCUGAUGAAGGCCCCGAAACCGCAGAUAAGUCAGGCGCAGGCGCUCCAGGUGGAGCCUGGUGUAAUGGGGGCCACGGAGGAACAGCAGCCCAAACUCACUCUCUCCUCUUCCAGAAUCCCCUUCGUUUCUCCAAAGCCCCACCAAGUGCAUGUCCCUGAGCAGGCCCAGAUAAUAGGCCCUCAGAUGUCCCCUCAGCUUUCAAUGGCAUCUCUCACCUCUGAGCAGGCACAAACUUUGAGUGGUCCUCUUACUCAUGAACACACUAUAGAAUUAAAGACUGCUUUCACAGCAGGGCAGGAGCAAGAGCUUGGGGCUAAGCUGAUGGUUCCUAGGAUUCUUAAGCCGACACAGACUCCAAAGGAGUCUCUCAUAUCAGAAAAACCUGAGGCAGUGCAGAUCUCCCAAGUGACUACUGAAGAGAUAUCUGGAGUCACAGAUACCCAAAGAACAAUUCCACCCUUCCAGCAGAUCCUGGAACAAGAAACCACUCCCACUCCUGAGCAAGACAAGGAACCAAGGAUUACUCUCACCCGUCAGCAGACUGAGGCCCUAGGUAUCACUCUCACCCCUGAGCAAACUAAGUCCCAGAGGAUUAGUCUAACCCAUGAGCAGGCUCGGGCCCUAGGGGUCACUCUCACUCCUGAGCAGUACAAAGAGGACAGAAUCAGUCUGACUCCCCUACAGGCCCAGGUCCUGGGAAUCACUCUCAACCUUCAGCAGGCUAAGGCCCUGGGGAUCACUCUCACUCCUGAGCAAGUCAAGGCACAGAGGGUCAAUCUGAUCCCUCAACAGUACCAGGUCCACGGAACCACUCUCACCACUCAGCAGGCUGAAGCACAAAGAACUAAUCUCACGCCCGAGCAAGCCAAGGCCCUGGGUCUCCCUCUGAUCCCUCCUAAGCCAAUCACUUUCACCCGUGAGCAGACCCAGGCCCUGGGUAUCACUCCAACCCAUCAGCCAAUCACUCUCACCUCUGAGCAGGUCCAGGCCCUGGGUAUCACUCCAACCCAUCAGCCAAUCACUCUCACCCCUGAGCAGGCCCAGGCCCUGGCACUCAUUCUCACCACUGAGCAGGUCAAGACUCAGAGAAUCAAUCUGAGCCCUGAUCAGACCCAGGCCCUGGGUAUCACCCCGACCCCUCAGCCGAUCACUUUCACCCCUGAGCAGACCCAGGCUCUGGGUAUCACCCCAACCCCUCAGCUGAUCACACUAACCCCUGAGCAGGCCAAGGCCUUGGCGAACACUCUCACCGCUGAGCAGGUCAGUCUGAGCCCUCAACAGGCUGAGGCCCUGGGUAUCACUCCGACCCCUCAGCCGACCACUCUCACCCCUGAGCAGGCCCAGGCCCUGGGUAUCACUCCUACCCCACAGCCGAUCACACUAACCCCUGAGCAGGCCCAGGCCCUGGGCAUCACUCCGACCCCACAGCCGACCACACUAACCCCUGAGCAGACCCAGGCCCUGGGUAUCACUCCUACCCCACAGCCGAUCACACUAACCCCUGAGCAGGCCCAGGCCCUGGGCAUCACUCCGACCCCUCAGCCGAUCACACUAACCCCUGAGCAGACCCAGGCCCUGGGUAUCACUCCUACCCCACAGCCGAUCACACUAACCCCUGAGCAGGCCCAGGCCCUGGGCAUCACUCCGACCCCUCAGCCGAUCACACUAACCCCUGAGCAGACCCAGGCCCUGGGUAUCACUCCUACCCCACAGCCGAUCACACUAACCCCUGAGCAGGCCCAGGCCCUGGGCAUCACUCCGACCCCUCAGCCGAUCACACUAACCCCUGAGCAGGCCCAGGCCCUGGGCAUCACUCCGACCCCUCAGCCGAUCACACUAACCCCUGAGCAGGCCCAGGCCCUGGGCAUCACUCCGACCCCUCAGCCGAUCACACUAACCCCUGAGCAGACCCAGGCCCUGGGCAUCACUCCGACCCCUCAGCCGAUCACACUAACCCCUGAGCAGGCCCAGGCCCUGGGCAUCACUCCGACCCCUCAGCCGAUCACACUAACCCCUGAGCAGGUCCAGGCCCUGGGCAUCACUCCGACCCCUCAGCCGAUCACACUAACCCCUGAGCAGGCCCAGGCCCUGGGUAUCACUCCUACCCCACAGCCGAUCACACUAACCCCUGAGCAGGCCCAGGCCCUGGGCAUCACUCCGACCCCUCAGCCGAUCACACUAACCCCUGAGCAGACCCAGGCCCUGGGUAUCACUCCUACCCCACAGCCGAUCACACUAACCCCUGAGCAGGCCCAGGCCCUGGGCAUCACUCCUACCCCUCAGCCGAUCACACUAACCCCUGAGCUGGUCCAGGCCCUGGGCAUCACUCCGACCCCUCAGCCGAUCACACUAACCCCUGAGCAGGCCCAGGCCCUGGGCAUCACUCCGACCCCUCAGCCGACCACUCUCAGCCCUGAACAGGCCCAGGCCCUGGGUAUCACUCCGACCCCUCAGCCGAUCACACUAACCCCUGAGCAGGCCCAGGCCCUGGGCAUCACUCCGACCCCUCAGCCGACCACUCUCAGCCCUGAACAGGCCCAGGCUCUGGGGAUUUCUCUCAUUCCUAAACAACAGGAGAUCAGUCUUAGUCCAGAGCAGGCCCAAGCUCUGGGGCUCACUCUCACCCCUCAGCAGGCCCAGGUACAAAAGAUAUAUCUCACUCCUCAGCAGGCCCAGGCUCUGGGAAUCACUGUCAGCCCUGAGCAGGCCAAGGCCAAGGGGAUCAGUCUGACCCCUGAGGAGGCCCACUCCCUAGGGAUAAUUCUCACAGUUGAGCAGGCCAAGGCAAAGAGGAUUAAUUUGACCCCUCAACAAGCUCAGGACCUGGGGCUCACUCUCACCCCUGAGCAGGCCCAGGAUCUGGGGAUUUCUCUCAUUCCCAAACAAGAGAUCAGUUUUAGUCCCCUGCAGGCCCAAGCAAUGGGGCUCACUCUCACCCCUCAGCAGGCCCAGGUACAAAAGAUAUAUCUCACUCCUCAGCAGGCCCAGGCUCUGGGAAUCACUGUCAGCCCUGAGCAGGCAAAGGGGAUCAGUCUGACCCCUGAGGAGGCCCACUCCCUAGGGAUAAUUCUCACAGUUGAGCAGGCCAAGGCACAGAGGAUUAAUUUGACCCCUCAACAAGCUCAGGACCUGGGGCUCACUCUCACCCCUGAGCAGGCCCAGGAUCUGGGGAUUUCUCUCAUUCCCAAACAACAAGAGAUCAGUUUUAGUCCCCUGCAGGCCCAAGCAAUGGGGCUCACUCUCACCCCUCAGCAGGCCCAGGUACAAAAGAUAUAUCUCACUCCUCAGCAGGCCCAGGCUCUGGGAAUCACUGUCAGCCCUGAGCAGGCAAAGGGGAUCAGUCUGACCCCUGAGGAGGCCCACUCCCUAGGGAUAAUUCUCACAGUUGAGCAGGCCAAGGCACAGAGGAUUAAUUUGACCCCUCAACAAGCUCAGGACCUGGGGAUCACUCUCACCCCUGAGCAGGCCCAGGAUCUGGGGAUUUCUCUCAUUCCCAAACAACAAGAGAUCAGUUUUAGUCCCCUGCAGGCCCAAGCAAUGGGGCUCACUCUCACCCCUCAGCAGGCCCAGGUACAAAAGAUAUAUCUCACUCCUCAGCAGGCCCAGGCUCUGGGAAUCACUGUCAGCCCUGAGCAGGCAAAGGGGAUCAGUCUGACCCCUGAGGAGGCCCACUCCCUGGGAAUCGCUCUCACAGUUGAGCAGGCCAAGGCACAGAGGAUUAAUCUGACCCCUCAGCAAGCUCAGGACCUGGGGCUCACUCUCACCCCUGAGCAGGCCCAGGAUCUGGGAAUAGCUUCUACCCUUAAGCAGGCUGAAGCUGUGGGAAUCAUUCCCACCCCUACCCCUGAGCCUUACCAGGAAAGACGUUUAAGUCUGACCUCUGAGCAGGUUCAGGCCUUGAGGACCAGUUUCCCCACUAAGGAGACCCUGUCAUUGGGGAUUUAUCUCACCCCUAAGCAGGCCCAGUACCUGGGAAUCACUCUCACUGCUAGUCAAGCCAAGGUAAUGAAGAUUUGCCUCACCCCUGAGCAGGCCCAGGCCCUGGGGAUCACUGUCACCCCUAAGCAGGCCAAGGCACGGAGGACCAGUCUGACCCCUGAGCAGGCCCAGGCUCUGGGAGUCAUUCUUACUCCUGAACAGGCCCAGGCCCACAGAAUCACAGUCACUCCUGAGCAGGCCCAGGCUCUGGGGAUUGCUCUCACACCUGAGCAGGCCCAUGCCCUGGGGAUUGCUCUCACACCUGAGCAGGCCCAGGCACAAGGUAUUUUUUCUCCUAAGAAAUUCCAGGAAUUGGAUGUUCCAUUAACCUAUAGACAAACAAAAGCACUAAGGAGCCAUCUUUCUAAGAAGCAACUUGAAGCCCAGAGAAGUCAAAUCCUUAUCUCUGAGUCUAUCCAAAUCCCCAAACCAGCUGUCGCCUCUAAAUAUACCCAGACAAUUGAAAUCCCACUAACUACCCAACCAUUCCAGGCAUUUGGAGCUCUACUUUCAAAGACAAAGGAGACAGAAAUGGGAAUCUCUCCCCUCACUCCCAAGCAGCCCCAGGCAAUUGUAACUCCACCUUCAAAGAGAAAGGAGAAAGAAUUGGGAAUCUCUCCCCUCACUCCCAAGCAGCCCCAGGCAGUUGAGCCUGCCAAGGCAAAGCUGCCACCCCUCACACCCAGUCAGGCCCAGCCUUUGCAGAAGCAGCUUGCUCCAGAGCUCACACAAACACUGCUGUUCACCAUCACUCUCCAGAAAGCCCAGCACUUGGGUGUCACUUUUACCUACGAACAAACUCAGGCAGCAGCUGUCACCCUCACCUCUGAGCAGGUGGCAGCACUAGAAGACGCUCUCACUGAGAAUCUGGCUUGGAGAUGGGAGAUUUCAGUCACACCAGGAAUGGCUCAAGAGGCACCAAACAUCACUACCACUAAGCAACUGCAAGCCCUGGGGAUUACUGCUCGCCAGCCAGCUCAGGCAUUUCCCAGCCCUUUUACCUUGGAGAAGCCUGCCACGUUGGCUACUUCCACCGACAGACUAUCUCAAAGAUGGAAGGAUUCUUACCCUGCUUCUAUUCCACUGCAGGCAUUGAGGCCUUCUCCUACUCAAGCCCCAUUUACCCCUACGACAAGCCUAGGAAUAGGUAGUCUUCUGGACUCUGAGAAGCCAUGGAUGUCUCCUACCUACAGACAGACUCUCACAGACAGGGGCCAAGACGUUCUUGCACAGCCCCUAGCACCAGAAACCCCUCCUUCCCUCAGACAGCUCCUAGCACCUGGGGCUCCUCCCACUCCAGGGCCACCCCUUGGUCCUAGGCAUUUCUUCAAACCUAGAGUCCCACCCACCUCUGGAGAGGUGCCAGGACUUGUUUCUGGAGGCUCUGCUGCCCAUGAGGAGCUCCCAAUGUCCAGAACCACCCCCCUCCAGCCUCCUGAAUGGCAAGGCCCAUCAAGGCUCAUUCCCGAGCAAGGCUUCAUGCCAGCAAUCUCUUCCAUCCCACUGCAUCCUUUCACAGCAGAGGCCCUACCAACCCCUGGAAGACCUCAGAGAAGUUCAAAAGCCAAACCUCUAAAACCUAAAUCAGCAAGAGGUCUCCCAAAUGUCACUCUGGGUUUUGAGACCUCUCAGGCUCCAUUCCCUAUUGAGAAGACCCAAAUACCUAAGACUCCUGACACUUCAGAACAAACUCAAGCACUCCAAGAUGCCUUGGGUGUGCAACCAUUUGGAAUAUUUCAGCCUUAUGGCACCAGCUCCGGGAUAGCUCGGUCACAGUCCCCUCUCAUUGAUGAGAAAGCCCUUUCUAGAGAGAAGCCUGGAACACCACUACCAUCUCUUACCACUCAACUCCCCCAAACACCACAGAUCUCAACUUCUGAAAAGGGCCAGAAACCAUGGCUCCCGCCGAUAGACAAGCCCUGGACACCAACCCCUGUUUCUAGUACCAGAGAAGCCAAGAUGAUAGUGUCCCCCACUGAUCAGCACCCUGAAGACGGCUAUGUCGUCGAUGUGGAGGCUCAGAGGAAGAACCUGGUCACAUUAAAUCAGGCGGCACAAACUUCUGCACUCCCUGCACAGUAUCUCACAAUUGCCAAGAAUCUCAUAAUCGAAUUACUUCAUAUAGAUACAGUUCGGCUGGGGUAUCUGUCCCGAAAGUAUGUUGCCUAUAGGCUGAUCCAGCUUGCCAGAAACCACCUAACCAAACGAGUGAAAACCAUCCAAAACACUGGGAAAGGGUACGAGGUUCAGAGCUUGUACACGAUGCUUGAUAGGAUUGACCAGUACCAGAAGAAGGUGAUGCACAGCUGGACGGACAAGCAGAAGCAGCUGGAACAGAGACGAAAGCAGUGCCUACGGUCUAUGACGCAGUUCUUCAGCCAGCUUGAAAGGGGAUAUAAACUCAGUCUUAGCCAGCCCAUGCCUUCGAUCCCCAGCUUUAAGAAGAUACCCGGAUUUACCAAACUUCAGCGGCCGGUCUUGGAGUUAUUAAUUGAUGACAGCAAAAGAUCUGACCUCUUCAAAACACUCGGACAAGCUUCAGUGGAGGCCGUGUGGAACGCUGACCUGUCUACGUCAAGCUACCCAAUAAUAGAGAAGGCACCGAUGAGUGCGCUCUGGGCCCAGCUGGGUGGGUACCCAGAUAUUCCCAAGCUGCUGCAGUUAGACAUUCAGUCGACCUUCAGAAAAUCUCUUGCUUCCAUCCGGUCACAGAGUCGGCACCCACAGGUCGAGAGGCACCGCUUUAGUAGAUGAAUAUGUCCGUGGCACUGUGUCAGCAAGGCGAGCGAGCCACGGUGAGGCGAACAAAGGGACCCGCACGCAGUCCUGUAAUUUGUCUCUGUCUUUGUUCAGCCUGCACCCCAACGGCGAGCUUCAUCACUUCUUCCCCAGCUGGCUUCUUCUUCCCCUCUAGCUUAGUUAGGCGAGCUAGAGGAAGCCAUGUCUUGGUAUGACCUCCCUCAGGCAGGCUAUGCCGUGGUAGAACAGCUCUUCUGAUGGCAGACCUGUUAAGAACAGAGUGUUCCGUGUUUUAAAUGGUUGCUUUUACCCUUGCCAGAGCCUGGAGACACGAGGUAGCUUCCCGUUGGGCCCUGCAGCUUCUGUCUCUAGCUCACGGUGAGCCUCCGGCAGUUCCACGGUUACAGCCGGGUUCUUCCCCGUCGCAGCCCCAGUGCCCACUGGGAAUGCUGUCCCUGGGUUUUUGCUCUGUUAAAUUGUGACUUUCAGUAUCUGCCUUAACAUCUCUCCAGCGUGGGCGACAGCAGCUUGUCCUGUGUCCUCCUGGACUCUCUUGUCAGAUCUCUAUCAGUAUUUUCAAUGUUUCACGUUUUUUACUUGUUAGACCGGAGUGGUCACCUUUAUUUUAUUUUUGUGGGGUGAGUUUUUAGGCAGCCCAGGCUUGGAGUGAUCACUUCUUUUUUGUUUUUCCAUUUCAUGUGUGUGGGUGUUUUACCUGCAUGUACAUCUGGAUAAGU